UGUUAACCCACCUCUAUCGAGCGUGCACGUUUUAAUUUUAAUUUUAAUUAAUCGACUUCCCCGAAAACAAAUAGUAAUAAUGCAAACAGAAGACAAGGCGAAGCGCAAGCGGCCGAAGAGGAAGGGUAAUCGUUUCAUGCGAAACGCCAAGGGCUUCGCCAAGCAGGGAAUAUUCGGACGAGGGACGCACAUCGACGAUGAGCAGUUCAGCUACUUUAUCAACAUUCUGGAUGCCAUGAAGGCGGGAUUCGAGGAAGUGGAAGAGCGGGUGAACAUGGCCAACAACGUGUUCGAGCAGACCAACGACCAGGAAAUCCACCUGUCAUCCAACCAAAUCGUCUCCAAGGCGCUGGAGUCACUGGUGGGCUUCGUGGACGACGCCCAAUUGGAGCGGUAUUUUAACAAAUUCGGCGAUAAUCUGCGACCUCUGUGCUCCGACCGGUUUGCGUCUCACGUCCUGCAGAAAAUGUUGGAGAUCGCCUUCCUCCGAGGUGUGGGCAAGAAGUCUGUUGACCAGGAGCAAAGCGAUGCAGCCAAGCGCGCCAAGCCGGAUGCCGCCCAGGUCGAGGAGGAAUACAACCUGGGGGCCGACUUCAGUGAAGACCACCGGGAGAAGUGCCGGCAGUUUGUGCUGCGCAUCUCAAAGUUCAUGCUGAACAAUCUGGAGGACUUUGUGUGGGACACCUGCGCCAGCCACAUCAUGCGGACAGCUAUUCUCAGUCUGGUGGGCAUGCAUGUGCCGAAAAUUGCCUUCGAGAAGGGAGGCGCGGAAAUGGCCAAGCAUCGGAAGCUGUACGAGGUGCCGGACGAAUGGCCCGAGGUGAUGAAGGAGUUCCCGCAGCGCCUGGAGAUGUGGCCCCAGUUCGCCGACUUCCCCUACCAGGAGCACUCGUCGGCGCUGUUGGGAGUUAUCUGCUUGGCCCUGAGUGUGGCAGACAAAAGCAUGCUGAAGCACUUUGGGAAAAAAAUCCUCACUAUUAGCCUGUUGAAGCCAAACGAUGCUGAGGAAGAGAAGAAAAACGGCGACACGGAUGCCAAAAUCGAAAUCAAGGAUGAUGACGAUGUGGAAGAAGGGAGCACGCAGCCAAGGCCUGACGACGGGGACAACCAGGAUGUCCAAGCGCCCGUUUUGCCCAAAGUCUUCCAUCACCAAAGCUCAGUCAUUCUGCUCGAAACUAUUUUGGGCGUGGCGGGGGCCAAGCUUCUGACCCAGCUGUACGCCAUGCUAUUCUGCGGUCGCGUCGCUAAUCUCGCCCAGCAGCACGAGACGAACUUCUCAGUCCAGCGCCUCCUGCAGCACAUCAAAGAGGCCUCCGACUUUGAGGCCGUCUUCAGCGAGCUGCAGCCACAGGUCGAAGGACUGCUCAAAAUGGGCUACACCGGCGUGGUGUCCGCUCUGAGUGCCGCCUGCCUGCGUCUGGGAACCAAGCAGGCCCAGAUGAUAGCGGCCCUACAGAGUGCUCUCCAUGUGAGCGGCGGUGACAAAGAGAAGUCCAAGCUUUUCUUCAACUGUCUGGUUAAGCUGAAGCCCUCCGAAGUGGUGGGCAGCGACGAGUCAGGCUUUGUUCACUUGCACGGCUCCUUGAUCGCACAACACAUCCUGCAGUUCAACAAACCCAUCUUCCUGGUCAACUGCAUCCUGGACCUUUCCGCCACGCAGCUAUCGCAGGUGUUCAACACACCCAAUGGCUCCCACAUCGUGGAUGCCUUUAUGCAAAGCAAGUACAUUGGCGAAAAGUCACGCGAGCGACUGAUACGCCAGCUGGAGGGGUUCUACGUUGACCUGGCCAUCACCCGACACGGCUCCCGCGUUCUUGAACAGUGCUUCCAGGCCGCGCAGGAAGCCCAAAAGCUUCGCAUUGCCAAAGAGCUCUUUUCCAAGGCAAGCAUGCUAAAGGGCUCGCCCUACGGCCGGCUCAUCUACACAAAGUACCGGAUGGAUACGUACAAGCUGUCGCCCAGCCAGUGGCAGGAGAGUCUGUCAAAGCAUCUGGAUCCUGAUCAGCCCAAGGAGGCCAAGAGGAAAACGGCGAAAAGUGCUGCCGAUGCUUUCAAGGAUAUCCUUAGCUAGUAUAUAAACGAGUUCAAUUUUAUUUUAAAUGCAAAGAAACAUGUUGAAGAAAUUCAAGUUAUAACUUUAGGGGCCAAAUAAAAAAGUAUGAGGGGCUUGUAAAUA